CCAGCGGGAGGUGGUGCUACAGCGCACAAGGCGCAAACCCUGCGCUCUCUACGUUAGAACCUGCAGGCAUAUUGUCGGAGCAGUUGUUAUGGAUACAUUUGAAGAAAGAACCUCUCAACUCAAAACACGUCUGCAGUGAAUAUCGGGGAUGCUCCUCUGGAAGUUGUGAAGUCUGCGCGCGCGCGCUACGACGGAUCACUUUUGGAGUCGCCAGCAGUGCGCUUCAGUCGGACACACGAUCCGGAGCACCAGUCGCGCUGUUUUCUUAAAGGUCGCAGGGGGGGUUGCAUGCAUUUAUAACAGUGCGGUGUAUUCUUUUUACGUGCAUUUGGAGUUUUUGCAUAUCGUUUCCGUCUUUCUUUAUCAUGGGGGAAGCAUGCGCAUCGGAAAGAUCUGUUUUCGCUCCGUGAAAGUUUAAGCCGCGCUCUCCUAGACGCUCAUCUUUGCUAUUUUCCUCGUUACACAAACCGAAUACUGCAGGAGGCUUAACCCGCCAGAGAAGACAUGGCCAGCGAGCGGAAGCCGCGGCUUUGUGUCAUGACAAAAGCUGAGGACGGGUAUGGAUUUCACUUGCAUGGCGAGAAAGGGAAGAGCGGACAAUACAUCCGAAAGGUGGAGAGCGGCUCCCCUGCAGAAGCGGCGGGGCUGCGCGCCGGGGACCGCGUGGUUGCAGUGAAUGGGGUCAACGUGGAGAAAGAAACACACCACCAGGUGGUGCAGCGGAUCAAAGCCGUAGACAACGAGACCAGGUUGCUGGUGGUGGAUCAGGAGACGCACGACAGUCUGCGCAGCCUCCGCCUCACAGCCACGGAGGAGAUGGCCGUCCUCAUGGCCGGACACCCUCCUUCAUCCUCCCCAUCCUCUCCCCCGGCCUCUCCCUCACCUCCCCCGCCAUCGGACCCGUCACCGCCCGGCAAGAAACGAGAGAACGGCUCGGUGUCCAAGCAGCUGGUCACGCCCAGCGGCCAGGUGCAGAAGCCCACCAGGAGGUCUCCGUCGAAGGCUGCGAAGAAGGAGGCUCCCGUCCCGGCUGAAUCGCAGCCACCACCCCAAGCCGACCCGCCCGAGCUCGCCCCGCGUCUGUGCCACCUGACGCGCUCCGGCGCCGGCUACGGCUUCAACCUCCACAGCGACCGGUCCAGGCCCGGGCAGUACAUCCGCUCCCUGGACCCCGGGUCCCCCGCCGACCACGCCGGGCUCCGGCCUCAGGACAGGCUGGUGGAGGUAAACGGCGUGAACAUCGAGGGUAUGCGGCAUGCGGAGGUGGUGGCCUUCAUAAAGAAAGGGGGAGAUGCGACCUGGCUGUUGGUGGUGGAUCCAGAAACCGACGAAGAGUUCAAGAGGAGAGGGAUUGUCCCUGCGGUCAGCCACGUCAGAGACUACGACGGCCCGUCCAUGUCCAACGGCUCUCUCAACCCCCGGAUCAACGGCAGCUCCACCACGCGCUCCAUCAGGUCCAUCCACUCCGACCUCAGCAGCCGGGGCGACAGCACACAGCUGGCGGACGAUGACGGCGGCCGGAUGACGGACCCGUUCGCUGAGAUGGGCCUGAGUUUGAGCGCCACGGCGGCGGAGGAGAAGCUAAAGGUGCACGCCAAAGAAAAGAAGAAGGCGCCGCAAAUGGACUGGAUGAAGAAAUAUGAGCUGUUCAGCAAUUUCUGAGGCUCCUGCCGCGCCCCCAUCGGACCAAGGACACCAGAGAUGUGAGCGCUCUGCAGCGCUGCGCGAGGACGAGGACGAACCAAACAUCCCCCAUGCAACAGAAGACGUUUUUUUCCUGGAACUCAAUGUGACGGACGGAAAGAGUUGCACUAUGGAUUUAACAUUUAACAGCUUUCAUUCCCUCUUCAAAGUACAGCAUGAAAAAAGAGCUGUCUGACUGCAGAAUAAACUGAAUAAUUAGGUAAAAUCCCACUGUUGGGAAGGAAGAGCGUCUUGAAAAGCACCGUGUAUGUGUACCUGUGUACAAAUGUACCUUGUUUCUAAAAGAUAAGGGGGACAGUUAUUUUUAUAUUUAAAAUGUAUCAACACUAUAUAUAAAAACCAGUAUCCCAUCAUCACGGACUGCAUUUAGAGUUCUAUGCGACAAUGAUUGUGGAUAUUCAUGGUGAUAUUUUAGCUCAUCGGUCAGAGGAAUUCCCAAAGUUGUCAGAAGAUCACUGUGAAAUAGUUGAGUCCCUCCACCUCCAGCCCACGCAGGUGUCGGGUAAUAAUCCUCCCAGAGAAGGACAGCGGUUGUGUGUGACGUCUCCUCCUUUCACAUAGAGCUCAUUCACGUUGCUUGUCGUCUAGCACUGCGUCUUAAUCGUGUUUCACCUCUAACCUCUUUUCCCAAAGUGCUGCGGUGUGCCUGUGCGUGACAAAGGGCCGCACCACUAGCAGUGAAUGUAUUGACGAGGUGAAUGACGAAUACCGGAUUUCUCAGGACAAAAGCACGGUGAGGCGUGUGUCAUUGGAGGAGGCCAGCAGAGGGCAAACUUGAACCACAAACGCAGGACGUCUCACACAAACCACAGUUUUAUCCUGUUCGGAACUUCUUAGUUUAGGCGCAGUAACUUUUUACCGGUUGCCUGGCAACAGGUCGGGGGUCAACAAACCGGUGGGCCCAAAAUUCCAAUGUCAUUUUUACGCUUUGUUUUCUGUACGGAUUAAACAAACAAGAUGCGGCACGUUAGUGAGUGAGCUUUAGCGGUGCCGGGCCGGCUGUUGUCCCUUGUGACUAGUCUUUAUGCUAAGCUAAGCUAACCACCAGCUACAUAGCUCCAUGCGACACCACACGGACAGUACUAGAAUGGUGUAAAAUUCUUUUCAUCUAACUUAGAAUCCACCUUUAAUUAAAUGUGGGGCCGUGGGGCCUGGGGGGGGGGGGGGAGUAGCUGGAUGGAAUGCCGGAGGAUCAGGGACGGGAUCGACGUGCAGGUUCGUGGGCCGGAGGGAGUGUAGCGGAGGCUCCGGCAGUGACGUCAGAGAUGCUCCGGAGGAUCUGCUGAAAGAGACUGUGGGAGCCAGCGAGCUUACUGAGGAUUACUUCACACACAGGGACAGCUGUCGUGCACACAUUUGGAGUCCCGUGUGGGUGUGGAGAAGGCAUGGAUGCCUUGAUCCCUGCUCUGUUGAUAAAAAUGCAUCACUACGAGAGGGACCGCAAGUUGGAGACUCCCAUAAUUGGACGUCGUGUCUUUGUUUUGUGCCCAUGAAUCAGCCCUCGUGUCGGGUAUUCAUCUCUGUGCAUCCGUCAGUGAGUUUGUUCUGACAGUCAAAAUGAAAAAUACUCUUGUGUUACCAUGACUGAUGCAUAAACAGUAUAUAUGGCAGGUUGCAUUUUUAUCAAUAAAGUGUGACUGGCGAUUUUGAAUAUAUUAAA